AUGAGCAUCGAAAAAAACCAAAAAUCACAAAAAAAGUUUUUCAAAAUAGUUCAAGAACUCAGUGUCUUUGAUGGUGUUGAGAUUGCUGCUGUCUUCUAUAAUGAUUGUCACAAAAAACCUAUAGUAUAUCCAGAUUAUGUUGGUGCCAUUAAAACCUUUGAAAAAUUUAAAAAGUUGCCUAUGCGUGAGCAAUUUGAAACCAGUGGGACAAUAGGAGAAAUUCUCCAACAAUUAAUAAAUGAGAAAAAGGAACAACUUCGAAAGCUAACGGAGGAGAACAACCGCAAAGAGAUGCUGGUUCAACUGCAUAAUAUGAAAGGAAAAUUUUCUAUUGACAUGAUAAAGCUUGAAGAUCUCAGCGAUUGGAUGCAUGUGAUGAGAGAAUAUAUCAAAGAACUAAAAGAAAGAAUGAAAGCAAAGAAGGCUGAAGAAGAGGCUACCACAUCGAAUAUUUAA